UGCUACUCACAAUAUGGUGGCUUCAUGCAGGUAUGAGUGUUGCACAAUAUCACUGACCAUGAACAAGAUGAAGAAGAAGCUGCCUGAGCGGAUCCUGAAUCACAUCCUGGAGAUUCUCUACCUGCUGACGGGAGAGCGCGUGACUAACUCACUGACAGCGAGUCACAUGACCGGGGACAAGAUGACGACAGAGAGAAUACUGAGCCACACCCUGCAGAUCAUGUACCUGCUGACCGGGGAGGUGCCUAUAAAGUAUGAUGAUGUUGCCGUGUAUUUCUCUAUGGAGGAGUGGGAUUAUAUAGACGGACACAAGGAGCUUUACAAGGACGUCAUUAUGGAGACUCGCCAAGCACUAAGGACUAUGGAGAUCCCAGGAAACGAGAGCGCAGAAUCAACAGAUCACAGUGAUGACACAGGAGCACAAGGAGAUCUCGUGCAGGAUAUUCAGCCAGUGGAGACCCCAUCAGACGUCUCUGCAGACGAAGAUAACACUGAUAUAGUGAAAGUUGAGAUAACAGAAGAUCUUUGGGUGAAGCGUCAGCUGGGAGCCCCAGAUGAGGAACCCAGUCACACUAUCAGCAAAGAUGAGUGUGCAGGCUGUAUGGAUGUCACGCCUUCAGAUGACUCAGCGGUAGAGCACAGAGGAGAACCAUAUGUGUAUGAUCAUGUGAUGGUUGAAGAGGAUGAAGUUCCUAUAAAUACAUCUACAUGCUUCACAAACUGCAAUAAUCCUAGUCAUGGACAGAGUGCGGAUGCUUCUUUCAAUCUUUUUCAAAACCAAAGAAGCUACGUGGGAAAUUUAUGUUAUGAAUGUGGGAAAUGUUUUACCUGGAACUCAAAACUUAUUGAACAUCUGAAAAUUCAUACAGGAGAGAAAGGAUUUUCAUGUUCUGACUGUGGGAAAUGUUUUACUCGGAUAUCACAUCUUAUUAGACAUCAGAAGAUUCAUACAGGGGAGAAAGCAUUUUCUUGCUCUGAUUGUGGGAAAUGUUUUACUCAGAAAUCACAUCUUAUUACGCAUCAGAAAAUUCACACGGGAGAGAAAGCAUUUGCAUGUUCUGUAUGCGGGAAAUGUUUUACUCAGAAAUCAACUCUUAUUACUCAUCAGAAAAUUCAUAUUAAAGGAAAUCAAAGCUUAACCGCUGAAGUGCAGGGAGCGACACAUAGUAGUCAUCAACACAGUGUCUAGAGUGUUGUUGAUGACUAAAUGUUGUCCUCUGGGAAAUGCCUUUUUGAAACUUUGUGUGUAUUUUUCAUUCCAGAGGGGAUCUGGAGUCCCUAUAUAGGUUUGAAUAGUCAAGUGAUUACCUGCUGUAAAUAAAAUGUACAGUUAUUUGAGUAGAGGCUCAUGGGAGGGAACCCAUAUUUGCAGAUUAAAAUUGUAUUAAUAUAUAUAAAUAUAUUUAUAUGUUGAUAAAUCCUUCUUUGAAAGGUGCUAUUGAGGACAUUAUAGUCUAUUAGUCACUGAGGUGACUGUUUCCCUAGCUAGAAUGUAAAUUGACCAGGUGUAUAGUUGUACAGGAUGAGCCCCUAUAUUAAUAUCAAAAGGGCAAGAGGCCUGCAAAAGCCCUUGUCUGGACUAGAAUAGGCCCCCAUGACUGUAUAACAUGCAUUGUGCUAAAAUAUAACAAAAAAUAAUUUGUUUUCA